UUUGGGUGGGGGGGGAUUUUCAAACUGGGAGAGGCGCGCGGCCAGCUUUGGUCCGGUCUGAGCGCGGCCUAGUCCUGGCCCGAGCUGGCGGCGGCGAGCGCGGAGCUGUGGUGAGUCCCGAGUCUGGGGCGGUGUCUCCGGCCGUAGGGUUCCGAGGACCCCAGCUUUAGUGCAGGCCUUGGGCCGCCUGCAGCCGGGCUGCCCACCGGGCUGGCCUCCCGCCGGCCCCGCCCUCGGCUCUGUGCCGCGGGCAGGAGGAACUUCUUCAGGAUGAAGGACUACAUUUCUUGCUGUUGCUGGAUUCUUGGGAUCAUCUGAAGUAAUCUGACCCUCAUCCACUUCAACUUUUUGACGGAGCAUAUCAGUUCCUCAGAAGUUUUCUCCGUAUUGUACAUAUUGAACCUUUGGGAGUUAAGAAACCACAUAUCAGAAAUAUGGAGGAGGAGGAGGAUCUAAGUGAAAGAGGAUUGCCACGAAUUGCUUCAAUCAUGAGUAGAGUUAGAGACUUGAAAAACAAAUACAGAAAUGAAGACAAUAUCACAGAUGAACUGAACUCUACUAAAAUAUCAGCUGAUACAACAGAUAACUCUGGAACUGUUAAUCAAAUAAUGAUGACAACAAAUAAUCCAGAAGAUUGGCUAUGUUUUUUGCUUCGGCUGGAGAAAAAGGGUAUUCCUCAGAUGGAUCUUAGCAUACUGAAUAGACUCAUUGGUCGCUACAGUCAAGCAGUAACUGCAUUACCUGCAGAAAAGCAUAGUGAAGAUGAGAACUAUGCUCGCAUCCUUGUGAGAUUUGCUGAGUUGAAAGCUCUUCAAGAUCCAGAGGAGGCACGGGACCAGUUUCAUCUGGCCAGACUGAACUGCAAGAAAUUCGCUUUUGUGCAUGUGGCUUUUGCACAGUUUGAGCUGUCACAAGGAAAUGUGAAGAAAUGCAAACAGCUCCUUCAGAAGGCUGUGGAGUGCUCUGCUGUUCCACUGGAAAUGUUAGAAACUGCUCUACAAAACUUUAAUUCACAAAAAAAGCAGUUGCUUUCAGAUGAGGAGAAGGAGAACUUUGCAGUGUCAAGUAUACAGGAGUCUGGACUUCAGAGCAUAGCUGGAAAUCAGAGAAAUAUAAAAAGGAAUGAUUCUACUGAAAAUUCUUCUGCUAUUGCGAAGCUUCUUCUUGGGGAGGAGAAAUCACAAGAACUUGAUGCUAUAGUUAAUUUCCACAAUCCAUUAAGACCACUAAACAAAUCUAACCAGGCUUGCCCUUUUGGGAGGGUUCCUGCUAAACUCAUAACUGAUAUUGAUGAUGAGGUGCAGAAGAUGGAUGCCCCACUUACAGCUAGCGUUAUGAAAAGGCAAAUAUCUAGCUCCAAAUGUACAGCCUUGAUUCCACCUUUUCCACUGUCUGAAUCAAAACCUAAUGGGAGUGAUUCGUGUGACCUGGCAGACUCAAAGUCAUUACAAGAAAAAAUUUCUGUGCAGCUGCAGAUGUUGGAUGAGAACAGCUUAGAAUCAGCCACCAAUUCAACUGUCACUCUCAAAAACAAAAUAGAUACAAGUCUUGUGAUGAAAAGAGAAGAAAAUAAACUCCAGUAUCAAGAGCUGAAGAUACCAGAGCCAAGGAAAAGCAUGGAAAGUCAACAGCAACAAUCCAGUUUUGCUGAAAGCUAUAGAAAGCAGUUUGAUCAGAUAAAGCUGAACUGUGUUAACUCCAGAAAAAAAUGGCCACAUCAAGAAGUGAUGCAGCAAAACUGCUAUCGAGAGGGAAAGCGGUCAAGUCUUGAACAAUCUGGUCAUCCCAUGUCUAGAAGGCUAUCACCACCAGAUGCUGUUUCUAAGAAAAAUGAGCCAUUGUAUGUUUGUGGAACACCAAGCUCUACGUGUACUGAUUAUAUGGAGUGUUUCAGAACACCAAUUGUAAGGAACAACUUUUCACCAGGAUAUCAGAUUUCUACUCCCUACAGCCAGCUCCCAUAUUUUUUACCACAUACUCCAGCAACUACAUUUCAAAAUCAAAUGGGCUUGCAGGUUUCAGCUUCUAUGCCUUCAAAUGAAUGCAUUGCUAUUAAAGGAAGAGUUUAUACAAUAUUAAAGCAAAUAGGUAGUGGAGGCUCAAGCAAGGUGUUUCAAGUACUGAAUGAAAAGAAGCAGCUGUAUGCGGUCAAGUAUGUGAAUCUAGAAGAAGCUGAUCAACAGACUGUUGAAAGCUAUAAGAAUGAAAUUGCUCAUUUGAGUAAGCUACAAGAGCAUAGUGAUAAGAUAAUCCGUCUUUAUAGCUAUGAAAUUACUGAUCAACAUAUCUACAUGGUAAUGGAAUGUGGAAAUAUUGAUCUCAAUAGCUGGCUGAAAAAGAAAAAAAACAUUGAUCCAUUGGAACGGAAGAGCUAUUGGAAAAAUAUGUUGGAAGCUGUUCACACAAUCCAUGAACAUGGCAUUGUUCACAGUGAUCUGAAACCAGCGAACUUUCUGAUAGUUGAUGGAAUGUUAAAGCUGAUUGACUUUGGCAUUGCAAACCAAAUGCAGCCAGAUGUGACAAGCAUCGUUAAAGAUUCACAGGUUGGCACAAUGAAUUAUAUGCCACCUGAAGCAAUACAAGAUAUGUCUUCUUCCUGUGGAGAAAAUGGGAAAUCUCAGUCUAAGAUAAGUCCAAAAAGUGAUGUGUGGUCAUUGGGAUGCAUUUUAUAUUGUAUGACAUAUGGAAGGACUCCAUUUCAACAUAUAACAAAUACACGUAAAAAACUGUAUGCUAUUGUUGAUCCUCAUUAUGAAAUAGAAUUCCCAGAUAUUGCUGAGAAAGAUCUUCAAGAUGUGCUGAAGCGCUGUUUAGUAAGAAAUCCUAAGCAAAGAAUAUCAGUUUCAGAGUUGCUGGUACAUCCCUAUGUUCAAAUUCAAACCCAGUGUCAAACAGGUGUUCCAAAUGCAAAAGGAGCAACAGAGGAAGUAAAGCGUAUCCUUGGCCAACUUGUUGGCUUAAAUUCUCCCAACUCUAUUUCCAGAGCAGCUAGGACUUUAUAUGAACAAUGCAACAGUGGUAAAAGUCUCGACGUAUCAGCAUUUGCCAAGUCUGGGAGUCAAAAAUCAUGGACAGCAAAGUGAUGUACUGUUGUUCAGGAUGCAACAUAACUGGUCUGUUCAAAAGAGUAUUUUGUGCUGCUAGCUUUUAAAAGGACACUCAGCAUAAAGUUUGCAUUUUAAAAACUAAAUGUAAAAAAAUUAAUGUACAGUAAAUCUUUACUUGCCACUUGGAUCGAACAAUGAAAAUGGCUAGCUUGUGACUAUGGUCUUUGUUUUCUAACAAAGCACUACAAAAACUUGUACAAGACUCUUCAAGCUCCUUUAUCACUCAAACUAAAUAAAAAAAAAUCCUUCCUAAAACACCAGUUGGUGGCUAUAUAAAACUAUAUAUAAAACUAUGUAAGUCUCUUGAAAUGUUACAAUGUGAACACAAUAUUGUGCUGUUCUGUCUCUUGGCACCAAGUAAAAGUACCUCUUGUGUCCAGGCUUGUCCAUAACUAGGGAGAAUAAGCACUCUGCUUAUGUAAGCUAUCAGUUGCAAUUUUGUCAGGUGCAUGUAAAUGUCAUCUAGUUCUUGAACUGUUCUUUUGCUGAUUUAUAACUGGCACAGUGGAAGCAUCACUCUUGAAGAGUAAUAGGAAUAAAAUGGCUUAUGUUCUAUUAAAAAAUACUACUGCUUUGCAAAUCCAGUAUGCUUUACAAACUUCAAGAUAGAAAAAUUGUCAAGAUUAAUGAUGCUCAGAAACCACUUAAUUUGGAUUUUUAUAAGCAGUAAUGCUAAGCAGUGUAAAUAAAGUGUACUGAAUGUAGCUAGACUGUUUUUUUUAUACAUGAUUAUUAGUGGACUGAUCAGAUUUUGUUGUCACUGAGUUACAUUUCUGGUGCAAGAGUGAACUGUAAACUACUUAACUGAAAGACAUUUAAAUAUAUAAUUUAAAUAUUUAAAAAUUUCAGAUUGGGGGUAAAAAUUGCGUUCAAGACAGCUGCCAUAUUGUCCUUUGAAAGCAUGAAGUUUGUCAGGUUAUAGAAUCUCUAUCUUGGGCAAGUAUUUUUAAGUUAGUAUUUUUUGCCUUUUCCUUCAUAAGUUCUGCAUAUAAAGAUCCUAGGUUCAUUACUGAAGUGGCUCUUUCCUUGUUAAUUUUCAUUAGUUAAAAGUGUCAUGUCAUUUGAACAAUGAUGGAAAAAGUGGGAAGUCGCUGUUAGAGAAGCUUUCCUUGAUGAUUUCUACAUGUUAAUUAUAGAAUUCAACUUCUCUUCAGGAGAGUAUUAAAAUAUUGGAAAGUCUUUAAGGUAGCUUUUGUAUUCCAUACUUAAUUUUGGAUAGCUCACUAGGGACAAGAUGUCUUGAUAAAAUGCUGUAAAAAGGUCCCACUUGAGGAAGUGUUUUUCACUGUAAACAUACAUUUAAAUAUUUACCAGCCCCCAUUCUAAACAGUUUUCUCCAGAUUACCUGGACUCACAGAAUUUUUGUUCUCACUUUGAGUUUGGAGCAUUAGGUUUCACUGAUACCUUCCAGAGGUGCUUUCUGUGGCUUUUGCUUCCAUGACUCAAGAUUUAGAAGGACAAAAAUGUGAGUGGUAGCAAAACAAUCCUUCAAAUAAUUUAGUAAUAGAAACAGAAAUCCCAUUCUUCUAAAGAUUUUCUAUUUUUUAGGCCUCUGCUUCAAGCUUGUUUUAAAGCCAAGUCAAGCCACCAUCUUUCUAUGCCAGUUAAGACCAUCCUGCUGUGGUAGUACUAAGUGCUUGUAAAAGAGCACUUAUUAUUCUGGGGAGUGGUGUUCCUGUGGCUGUUCAACAUCUGCCCUCUUUUAUUUCAGUUCAGUAGGAAUGCUCUGGAUUAUUGACUUGUUUCCUCCAAUGAUCCUGUUAUUUCUGAUUUAUUUUAGUCCAGACUUCUGUACUCCUAUACUAAAGCACAAUAAGUGUAUAUGCUAACUGUACCCUGCUUGUCUCUUACAUAAAAAACUUGUUGCAAAGAUUGAAGCUACCAAAGAAAAACAAGUUGUCAUUCUGUAGCUUUCAUACUGUAGGCAGUUUGGGAAACUACUUCGAGCACGUGAAUUGAAACAUUCUCUCUGGCUUUAUCUGGAGAGGGGAAAAAAUGCUUGAGAGGAAAACUUGUGGAGAAAACUUUUAUUCUGCGGAAUCUUCUGUGUGAAGAGCUAUUGAAAUGUCUCCUAGCUACUUUUCUGGAUUAGAGUUAGAAAUAUUUCCACAUGACUACUCUACUGUUACAAUUGUUAAAACUUCCACUGUUUUUCUUAUCUGCUUCUUAAUACUGAAUAUGCCAAGAAGGUGUGCCACAUGUUUUUUUCUCUCAGAGUACAUGCUUUUGCAAUCCUUUCUCUCAUGCAGUCACUGCUGAAGAAACCACAGCAUGAAAGAUUGUGGAAAGAGGACUAGGACUGAUGAGAUGCAGUGGGUUGCUAGCCAUGCUUUUUUAUGUAAAGUUUGAACAACUUAUAAUUCCUUAUUUAUAUUCGUUUCUUGCCUCAGUGCUAGAUUACAAUAUCAGCCUAGACUGGCAGUUGUUCCUUACUGUCCCUCAGUGAGUUCCUAUUGUGGUGGGUGUGGUGUGUUCUGUUUAACAACCAUCUGCUCCCCUUUUCAGAUUCUUGGGUUCUCAGUGUGUGAAUUACAGAAUGGCUAUGCAUGAGUAAUCUUCAAGGGGUGAAAAGCACAUUUUUGUAUGUUGGUUAACAGAUGUUGCUGCCUAGAGCUUUCUCAAGAUUCUAAAAUGCCCAUCCUGCAUUAUUAUCACCUGCACUCAAGUCCACAGUUGCAGGACGUUGUGCAUAUAUAAAGUGGGGGGAGAAGAUGGUUUUCUAAACCAGAUCAGGGCACGUCUGUUUGCAAUCACUGUUCUUGGAUACAUAUGUAUAGUGUAAUGCUAUACCAGCUAUUACUGAUGUACUGUACCUACAUGAAGAGAAUACUUCAGUAAGUUCCCUUUUGUAAUACUUGCAAAAAUGAAUUUGGAUAGCUGUAACUUCUAAAUCUAAUGCCAUGAUCCAAUAAAAGCCUUAAGUCAGCAGGUAACACUAAGGAAUGCCGAACCACAUAAAAGGUACCUUCCAUGUUUAUGGAUUGGCAUAGCAUGUUCUGCCUGAAAAGCUGAGCUAGCUUCUCUGUAAGCAUAGUAGAAAUCAAAAGACUAAAUGGAUUAAUGUAUGAGUUCUGAGGGCUCUGAUAAUUUUUUUUUGGUGAGCCACCAUACAAAAUGGAAUCCUUCUAAAACAUGAGAAGCAAAAGAGGCUGUUCUCUUGCAAAACUCUGCUCUCAGGACAUUUCUCCAAGGAAUGAGAGAUGCAUCUAUCCCAGUCGCUCAGAGGGCUUAGACUCCUCUUUCCCUCCCUGGCUUUUGAAAGGCAUUCUCUAUUUGUGCUGCUGAACGUGGAGCUGUGCAGGAAGGGAAUUAUUAAAUUCCAAACAGUAGAGAGUGCGGAGAGGGAUGUGUUUUAAUCUGAAGGUAAGGGUCAAAUGGUCACUAGAUUGUGGUCCCUCUCAUGGGUUUCUGUUCUUUCUUUAAGUACUUGAUAGUUUUAUCCUAAAUAAAUGACCAAUCUUGGGAGCAGCAGUUAGUAUCAAAUUGCAAGUCAAACAAUUGAAGUAAACUUGAAUUAUGGUCCACCUCUGAAGCCUGUCUUACUCCUGGGCACCUCAACAAGGAUGGAAGGUUAAUCCUUACAGGUGCCAGUGAUGUUGCUGGUGAUACAGUAAGUGCUGAAAACUAACUGCUGUUUUCUUCUUGUUGUCUGCACCGUUCCAUCAGUUUUCACACCUUCUCAGUAGCGAGGAUAAAAGAAAAUGCUAUUUUAUCAUAUGUUUAUAUUUGAUUCUUUCAUGACUGGGAGAUCCUAUUUCAGCUAAAUAUAAAUGGUUAACACAAGUAUUCUCUUCCUGCUGAAUGUAUGUAUUGCUUCCAAGCUCAAUUAUUUGUUCCCACCUGCCAAGUUUACAAAGCUUGUCAGUAAGCUUUCCAAGUAUGCCCUUGUUUGCUCAUAAAGCUCCACAUAAAAUAAUUAAGAGAAAUUUUCUUGCAAGCUAAGAGAUAUAAAGAAUGAAGGAGGCACUGUGGUGUGAUUGCUUGUAGGAUAUAGAACUGUACACCUGUAUUGGAACAGGAGUCUUUAUACAGCCUAUUCAUAUACUUUCAUGGGAGUUGCUGCAAUGAAACCCAAGAUAAAAAUCUGACUCCUCACCUCAAUUCCUUGCCUUAGCAGGUGAAAUCGCAGCUAAACAAUGAUGUAAUUCCAAGACGCCAGCUCUAAUCAGAUGAAUUGCUAAAAUCCAGGUAGCUUUUGCAAUGAAAGAGAUGAUGAAUUUAAGGAGGAAUAGUGGUGCCACUGUUUUGAACCCUUAGUAAACACAAGGAGAAAGUCAAUAUAUAAAUAGCAUCAGCCCUUUUUUCUCAACUCUAACUAUAUUGUAAAGAUCUUUGGCUUGUCUUAGUACCCACUUAAUGAUGUGCUUGUUAUGUGAUAAGUGCAAGUAAACUCUGAAUACCUGCUUUGUCUAUCUCAAGUUGUUUCUUCCCUAUUUUACGUAGUUGUUAAGAACCAAUAAAAAUACAAUUAAGUAGCAAGCAUGUUUAAGGAAAUAUAGUUUGGCAUCAAUACUUGCUUCCUAUGUGGUUUUGGAUAAACUGCUUAUUUGAAACUUUGCUCAUCACAUUCUUUGUUUUGUCUGCUUAUGGUUUGGCAGAAUUGUUUCUUACCACGACUUUUGUACAACGCUUGUUGUAUUUAGUUACCUGUGUGGGAAGGAGAGAGCUCUUAAUGCUGCUAUAGUAGAGUGGCAAUGUGCUCCAAAAUAUUCUUAAGAGGGAAUAAAUCUUGUUGUCUCUA